AUGCCACGCAAAAGCAAGACAGCAGAGGAUGAUGAUAUCGAAAUAACGGUAACGCCUCCUCCUGCGACGAGGUCCAAAUCUAAAGCUCGAACGCCUCCUACAGGAUUAAGGCAAAGGAUAAAAAAUGCAGUCGAUGGGACAGGAAAAGAGGUGGAAGAGUUGAAUGUCAAAUUGAAGAAAGAGGAGGAUGGUCAUUACAAACUUCUUGCUCCCGGUACACCCUUCAAUGAAAUUGAUUUGAGCGAAGCAACUUUAUCUCAUCAGCAGCAUCAUCACCAUCAUAUACAUCUGAAACAAGUCACCUGGAAAUCAUGGCUCUUCGGAAGAAAAUUCUUCUUUCCAGCAGGUGUAUUACUUGGAGUUUGCAUCUCACUUUGGGCAGUAGACCUGACCAGCUUGCCAGCGGAUAUGAAAGAUAUUUGGGCUACUUUACCAGCAGCUUUGGAUCCUAGAGAUUUACUAGCCAAUUUGACUGUUGUUGAAGGUGCAAGAAGAGCAUUGGAGAAUAGAGAUUUCACAGUUGGAGAAUCGUUAGCGGAACAAUAUGGUCUACAAAAACAACAUCCCAUAAUAUUAAUACCGGGAAUCGUAUCUACUGGAUUGGAAAGUUGGGGUACUGAAGCUAUUGCUAGACCAUUCUUCAGGAAGAGAUUAUGGGGAACAUCCACUAUGAUACGAGCUGUCUUGACUAACAAGGAAAGAUGGAUUCAAGCACUUUCUAUAGAUCCUGAAACUGGUUUGGAUCCCCCUGGAUUCAAGAUCAGAGCUGCUCAAGGUCUGGAUGCUGCUUCAGAAUUCAUUCAAGGGUACUGGAUCUGGCAAAAGAUUGUAGAAAAUUUAGCUACAAUAGGGUACGAUACGAAUUCAAUGGACAUGGCAGCUUACGAUUGGCGAUUGGCUUAUUAUAACCUUGAAACACGAGACUCGUAUUUCACGAGGUUAAAAACAAAAAUUGAGGUAAUGAGGAAACACAACCGUCAAAAAGUCGUGCUAUGUUCCCAUUCCUUGAAAUGGGUCGAAUCGGAUCCUGCUGAGAAUGGAUUCGGCGGGGGAGGAGGUGCAGCUUGGGUAGAGGAGAAUAUCGAAUCGUGGGUGAAUGUCGCAGGUACCAUGCUGGGAGUCUCGAAAGCUAUGACGGCUUUCUUGUCUGGGGAGAUGAGAGAUACUGUUGAACUCCAUCCAGCGGGUUCUUGGGUACUGGAAAAGUUUUUCUCGAGAAAUGAAAGAGCAAAAUUAUUCAGACGAUGGCCUGGUGCUAGUUCGAUGUGGAUGAAAGGAGGCAACAGGAUAUGGGGUGAUCAUGAAUCAGCGCCUGAUGAUCCUAUAAAUGCGACCGACACACAUGGACGAUUCUUCUCAUUUAGACAUCCGGGAGUACCAGAGAAUGAAGAAGCUUUACAUUUCGGAACUGUAUCUCCUAAUCUGACACUUAACGAAGCUGGACCAUAUGUCUUAACUCAUACUCCACCAAGUUUCCAAAGAAUGCUUGAAAGCAAUUACAGUGUUGGAUUUGAAAAUGACGUGAAGAAACUGAAAGAAAAUGACCGGGAUCAUACUAAGUGGAGCAAUCCUCUAGAAGUCAGAUUACCUGAAGCUCCUUCGCUCAAGAUAUAUUGUCUUUAUGGACAUGGAAAAGAAACCGAAAGGUCAUACUGGUAUAUGCAGGGAGAGUAUGAGCAAGAUGAUACACGUUCAGAUGCGGAGAAUGAAGAUGCCUUUUGUGACACAACAGAUCCCUCGAAUGGAUGUAAUAACUCUACAACACUGAGAUCACCAUUGGAUUUCCCCUUAUCAAGAAAACAUUGGAUAGAUUCAGCGAUCACGGUCAAAGGCUCAUUGCCCGAAGUCAGAUCAGGUGUCAAAUUCGGUGAUGGAGAUGGAACGAUCCCAGUCAUCAGUCUAGGUAGUAUGUGCGUUAAAGGUUGGAAUGGCACGACGAAAUGGAAUCCUGCGGGAAUAGAGGUAGUCACUCAAGAAUAUCUCCAUUCACCUGAAAGUUUAGAUCUCAGAGGUGGGCCUCAAACAGCCGACCAUGUGGAUAUCUUAGGAUCUACACCUCUCAAUGCGGCCAUUUUGAAAAUAGCAGCUGGAAGAGGUGAUUUGGUGACUCAACAAAUCGGUUCAAACAUAUUCGAUUACAUAGAAAAAAUGGAUUGGAACUAA